UUUAGGUAUCACCGGAAGUAGAAAGAUUCUUUUGCAUGUGCCACCGGAUGUGGGGAUAUUUAUUGGUAGAAACUAAAUUGAAAUGUAUAUUCUGACGGUUACAUUGGUAUUUACGCAGUUUAUUCAGAUGUCGUCUGCUUUACUCAAUAUUACAAUUGACACUUUUUCUGUUGACUGUGGCAGCAAAGACGGUGGAGUUAUGAACGUAAGCUUCAACGUUUCCGAUUUACCAAAAGGUUUUUCAGUGUAUGCCAACAACAAUCCUGAAGAAUGCAGUUUUCUAGACGACGGAAUGUCUUAUAUUCUUGAGAACGCUCGCAGAAAUGGCUGUGCUGUUAAGGACCCAACAGCCCCUUAUCCUGCAUACUACCUCAUUGUCUUCGUCCAAGAAGACCCCUUAAUUCAAAGAGUGACAGAUUCCAAAUUCCUUUUAUCUUGUGUCUACACAAGUGGACAGAUCAACGUGUCGACAUCUGAACUGUCUGUCAAAGACACCAUGUGGAAAAUUAAAGACUACCACUGGGAAGUUAUCCAAGGUUAUAUAGACAUGUCCUAUGAACUGGGUAUAUACGCAGAUGACGGAACCUUCAACACGCCGAUUACGACGGUGAAUUUCGGAGAGAAAAUGGCUCUGAAGAUUGACAUGUCUGGAAUAGAUGAAGGAUGCGAUUCAAUUCGAGCAAACCAUAUUUCGGUUACCACAUCAAGUCUUUGGAAAAAUAAGAAUUAUGCAUCAGCUUUGGCAGCGGAAAAUGGAUAUGUCAUAGAAAAAAGGAGAAGAAUCAUGACAGAGUUCUUCAACAUGAACGUUUGUAACCAGCAAAGAUUGAAUUAUGUGUCGUACAGAGAAGUUGAAAAGAGAAUUUAA